AUGGCUUCCUCUUAUUCAUAUCCUGAGUUAUUUUUGGCGGGUUUUAUAUUUACCUUGCCAUUUCUUUACGAAAAAAGCAAUGUCUUUCGAUAUUACUUAAAGUUUUUAUUAUAUUAUGCAUACGUAUUGGUGACCUGCACAGUUCUAUUGCCUGUUGUAUUAAUAUAUCCUCGUGAUGUUACGAACUUGAUUGUAGCAUCUAGAUUUUGCCGUUAUGCAUCGCAUAUUGUUGGAAUAGAAUGGGAGUUACGAGGUCUAGAACAUUGGGACAAUGAACAAUGUUACAUAGUUAUAUCCAAUCAUCAAAGUUCUUUAGAUAUUUUAGGAAUGUUUGAAAUGUGGCCUCGUAUGAAGCGCUGCACUGUGGUUGCAAAAAGACCACUUAUGUUUGCUGGUGCUUUUGGGUUUGGUGCCUGGCUUUCAGGUCUAGUUUUCAUUGAUCGGUUAAAAACCGAAAAAGCUCGAAAGCUUAUGAAAGAUGCUACUGAUAGAGUAAUUGAAGAAAAGACUAAAUUAUGGAUAUUCCCCGAAGGAGCUCGAUAUAAUAAGGGUAGUAUACAGCCUUUUAAAAAAGGGGCAUUUUAUCUAGCCAUUGAUGCCCAAAUUCCAAUACUGCCUGUAGUAUUUAGCCAAUAUUAUUUCCUUGAUAAUGAAACAAAAACUUUUGAGCCAGGAAAAGUUGUCAUUACAACUUUACCUCCAAUUCCUACCAAAGGUAUGAGUCGAAAUGAUUUAGAAGCACUUUCCGAUUUGGCACGCCAACAGAUGAUAAAUAUAUUUAAUGAAACUUCUAAAGAUCUAGCUAAGCAGAAUAAAGUUGCUAUAUAAUCUAU